AUGGCUUCGCUGCGGUUACUCCUCCUAGCGACAAUCUCUAUUUCCAUUCCCGUAUCUCUUUCACGAGCGCAACUCGAUGGCUCUGCUUCUGCUGUUUCCGGCUCAGUAGCUUAUCAACCAUCGGCAUUCGAGGCGUACAUGCAAGAAAGAUGGCGGAAAGAGGAGCUUCUCAAGAAGGACAACCCGGAAGAGUUCGCCGCUUAUAAUGCUCGCGAGCUCUCAAAUCACAUGCUCCGGCGAAGCCUUGCCAGCGGUCCGAUCAGAAAGUCUGUUUUCUCCAAGUAUUCCGCUUCUCCCGAGGAACUCGAAGAACAUCGUAUGGUUGGGAGGUUGUUAAGAGAAAAACUGUUCGGCGAGAAAGAAGCGGAAAGUUCCUACUUGGGUCGAAAGCUGCAAGAGCUUCUGAAGCCAAGUUCGCCGAAGCGAAGGAUUCUCGCGCAGCCAGCUUACAUGGAGCUGUACGAAAUGGCGGAUUUUCCUCAGCGAAGAAAGUUACAGGGUAACUCGGGGAAGGUCCAGGCAAUUCAAGCGCCUGACUUGGGAGCGCCUCCUGCUCGCGGCGACUUGAAUAUCACGUGGUUUCGAUGGCAGAGCGUGUCGACGCCGACGCUCGUUGACUGGAGCAUCACGCCGUACAUGACGCCUAUGCUGAACCAGCAGUUCUGCGAGAGCUGCUGGGCGAUGACGGCGACGGACCUCGUGAGCAUCGUGUGGGCGCAGAUCAACAACCAGACGGCGGAGCUACUCUCCACGCAGCACGCCUGCGACUGCUCCUCCUCCGCGUGCUGCCGAGGCGGCUGGCCCGAGUGGGUGUUCCAGUUCAUUAUGGCGAACGGCGGGGUGGCUUCUAACGCGGAUUAUCCCUACGCGGGCAUGAUGAACUCGACGUGUGCGAGCGUCGCGAAGACGAAGCUCAAGGCGAAGAUCAACGGGUGGGAGAAGGUGCCGGCGCGGAGCAACAUGGCGUUGAUGAAGGCCGUGGCGCAGCACCCGUGCUCGUGUAUAUCGCGGCAGCAGCAGCGACUCAUCAAUUAUUCGGGUGGGAUUUUCUUCGGUCAGUGCAGCGGCGAAAUCGACCACGCGGUGGUGGUCGUGGGUUACAGUCUCGUCGACCCGAACUCGCCAGUCUGGAUUUUAAAAAACACCUGGGGACCCUCCUGGGGCGAAGGCGGUUACAUGCGGCUACCGAUGCUGGCGGACGGGCCUGGCAAGUGUAAUAUGUUAAGCGAACGGGGACUUUACCCUACCUUUUACGACAAGACCAAGGGAUCUGCUCUCUGCAAGCUCCCGAUAAAUCCUUGCGGAGGCGGGACGUGUGUGACAACCGGUGGUGCGCGGUGUUGUAACUGCCCGCCCGGAUAUGUAGAGAGACUGGAGAACGACGCGCCUAAGUGCACGGUGGCUACACCUUGUGAUGCGAAUCCGAAUCCGUGCGGUUACGGGACAUGCUACAACGAGUUCGACGGCAGCUACACUUGCGCAUGCCCUGCUGGCUCGGUGAUUGGUUCACGUGUUGAGGGCAGCAUGACUUGCGUUCUCGGCACGUUUCAGUCCGGUCUCCAAACCUACACGAUUCUGCUAGGCGACACCUGCCAAACCAUCGCCAGCACGUUCGGGUUCACCGUAGACUUUCUCCAAGCCAAAAAUCCGUUCCUCGACUGUUCUCAACCACUCACCCCGGGUUAUGUCAUCCUCGUCGCUGUUAGGAAUCAACCAACCCUCAACUGCAACGUUUCGCUGCAGCGGUCGCAGACGCUGUGCGUCGCGCCGGGCGCUCUGUCGUCCACGUCGCCGUUGAUCCGUUCGUGCGGGCGAGUGUACAACGUGGGGCCCGCAGGACCGAUGCACAGACAUCGCCCGUGGAUUCAACAUCUCACUUACGGAUUUCGUCUGGCUGAAUCCAGGGAUCCGGUUGUGACGACAACCCCAUCAACAAUGCCAUUGCAGUCUGUGUGGUCCUCUCACCACAGAGGUAAAUUCUCCCAACUUCUCCCCCCUUCCCCUCCUCUCCCGCCUCUUGUCCAUUUCCAAACACCAUCACCUCCACUAUCUUUCCCACCCAUUCCUGCCUCUCCCCCCACUCUCCUCUUUCCCCCCCUUCCUCCCCACUUUCUUACUUUCGCUAUUCUCUGGAAGCUGUACCCAAUUCGCGCUCCAAGCGAGUGCUCAAAUCGUUGGCAAUGCAUUCUUCUCUCCGCCACCUACUGUCCUUUCUUCUCAGCCGCUUCUUUGAUCUUUGAACUCUUCCUCUCUCCCCCCAUCCGCCUUUCCCUUACCCCGUUUUUCUUUGCAGUUUGUCACAGUCGACUGCUCCUCGUGUGCUACCCGCCGUACCUCCAAAUCGGGCAGAAAGUCUGUGUGAACGGCACAACACAGUCCAUGACCAAGUAUCCUCUCUCCCCGAACGUGAUCCCCUACUCCGUGGGAGUCAACGACACGCUCGCGUCCAUCUCACAGCAAUACGCCUCCAUGUGUCCAAAUAACACGUUCCCAGCGGAUAUCUGCUCGUCAAACUCCUUCCCAGACUGCACAGACCAGUCCAUUACACCCAGUCAAAUGAUCCUCAUUCCCUGCACGAGAAAGAUCGCGGGGGAUAUUUGCGCCGAUUCCCUCCCCGUCUGCGGGGCGGACUAUGUGACUUACAAGUCGGUGUGUCAUGCAGUGCUAAGCUUUGCGCUGCCACUGGUGAGGACCGGCCCGUGCAACCUGUGCAAUGAGGGGAUCUGCCAGAACCGGACGGCGAUAGAACCGAUUCCAAACACGUGCCCGGCGCCGCCCGGCAUGUGCCCGUUCCCAACAUGGCCUCUUACUCCGGAUUAUUUCUACUACUGUCCAUGGUUGUUCAAAUCCCAGUGUGACUGCUUGCUGUACACCUGUGAUUAUCUCUGUAACAGAACGGCAGCAUACUACAAGUACACCCUGGGCAGCAAGUACGCCUUAUACAGAAAUGCGACAGAAGAGGAUGACGUGUCGAAGCUGGAUGUCCCGUGCGCGUGCUCCGGUAGUCUCAAGUACGCGCAUCACGAUUGCAUCCAGAGGUGGUGUAACGAGAAGGGCAACACGCAGUGCGAAAUUUGCCAUCACCCGUUCAAAGAGGGCUACACCGCGCCGCCCCCGCCCGCCUCGCCGCCAAUCACGCCGGGUCUCGUGGCGCUGCAGUUCCGCGACGGCUCGGGGCAGCUGAGCCACAUCGUCACGUUCCGCGACGCGGUGACGGGCGAGGAGCUGCGCUUCGGCCUCGAGGACUUCGCGUCGGCGCCCGCGGCGCCGGAAAUCCCGGAGCCCGCUACCGUCAGCUGCCUAAAGUCGCUCAUUAUUAUCGUUCUGUUGCUCAUCUUCGCGCGGCACUUUUUCGCGCUCGUGCUCGAGGCCAGUGGCGAUGACGACGACGUUGACGAAGACUCUGCGGAGUUCACGAUAUUUCUGAUGCAGCUGCUCGGCAUUCUGCUGCCGUGCUUCAUCCUCGCGCGCGCCCUUGCUGCCAUACACGAGCGCUACCGCCAGGAAUUCGCCGAGGCAGAAGCAGCCGAAGCUGCCACUCGGCUCUCCCUCCUCCUCCAAUCCCGUUUCAACACAUCAGCAUCACGUGCCAGUAGCACAGACACAUCCACACACACAUGCACAUGCACACACACACAUGCACACACACACACACACACACAUGCACACGCACACACACACAUGCACAUGCACACACACACAUGCACACACACACACACACACACAUGCACACGCACACACACACAUGCACAUGCACACACACACAUGCACACACACACACACACACACAUGCACACGCACACACACACAUGCACAUGCACACACACACAUGCACAUACAUGCAAACAUGCACAAGCAAACACACACAUGCACAUACAUGCAAACAUGCACAAGCACACACACACAUGCACAUACGUACACACAUGCACAUGCGUGCACAAAAGCACAUGCACAGGCACGCACACAUGUACACACCCCGCAUUGCACAC